GCUGCCGCCGGUUCUCUUGUUUAAACUCAGAACCAACAACCAACGGACCGGCCGAGCAAAAACACAGCAGAGACAAAACAUUCCACUUCAGGAGAUCUCUGAACAGGUAAAAUAUGUUAAAGUGGACCGUGCUCCUGUCUUUAUGUUUAAGUAUCUCUGCAACAUUUGACUAUCUUUAUGAGCAGAGAUCCUUCAUGGAUCCAGAGGAUAUUCUGACUGUGAGCAUUCCUCUGCAGGGCUUACAGCGCCCUCUGCUGGGAGAAACUCUGCUACUACCGUGCUACUUUCAGGACCACUCUGUUGAAGAUCCUGGUUCUCCCCCCGUCGUCCCCCUUUCCCACCGUAUCAAAUGGAGCUACGUCACAAAGGAAAAGGCAACUACCAUCCUUGUGGCUUUGGAAGGACAGGUCCGCAUCAGUGAAAGUUAUCUGGACAGAGUUCAGCUGCAGAGCUACCCCCAGACUCCAACAGACGCCAGUAUCAAAAUAUCGGAGCUACGUUCCAGUGACACAGGAGUGUAUCGCUGUGAAGUUCAGAUUGGCAUUGAGGAUGCCUAUGACAUUGUGCACGUCCUUGUUCAAGGUAUCGUGUUCCACUACCGGCCCUUUAUGGGUCGCUACACCUUGACUUUUGAGAAAGCGAAGGCAGCUUGUGCCCAGAACACUGCAGUCAUUGCUUCUCCAGAGCAGCUUCAAGCAGCGUUUGAAGAUGGUUUCCACCAGUGCGACGCUGGCUGGUUGUCUGAUCAAACAGUGCGGUACCCAAUCCACGAGUCUCGGAUGAACUGCUAUGGCGACAAAGAGGAACUCCCUGGGGUCAGGACGUAUGGCGUGAGAGAUCUCAAUGAGACAUACGAUGUUUACUGCUUUGCAGAUAGGAUGCCAGGCAGAGUUUUCCACAGCACCUCUGCAGGGAAGUUCACCUUCUCUGAGGCGGUGCUGACGUGUUCCUACCAGGGAGCUCAGUUAGCCACCACAGGUCAGCUGUACCUUGCAUGGCAGGGGGGUAUGGACGUCUGCAACGCCGGCUGGCUGAGAGAUGGGAGUGUCCGCUACCCCAUCAAUGUUCGACGGCCACAAUGUGGAGGGGGUCUGCUUGGGGUGCGAACAGUUUAUCUCCACACAAACCAAACAGGAUACCCACUUCCUGACUCCCAAUAUGAUGCCUUCUGUUACACAGAUUCCCCUGAUGAUGAGGGCUCAGGCACAGACGAGGGGAGUGGUGUUGUGAUUGUUACCACGGUGACGGAGAGUCCAGAGGUGUUCUUCAGCAAGACAACCACAGAGAGCGAAGCAAUUGGAGAGGUGGAGACCCAGCAGCCAUUAGAUCUGAGCUUCACCAACAGCGAGAACCCCAGAAAGCUGCCACUUCCUCAGCCAACAAACUUUACAGAUUUCACCUUUGACCUUAUUGAGGCCGUCACAAGCCAGUCGGCUUUACAAAGGGAGCCCAGCAAAACCUCUAUCAUCUCUCCAGCAGGCGUGGUCUUCCAUUACCGCUCACCCACUGGCCGUUAUGCUCUCACAUUCGUUGAGGCUCAGUUGGCCUGCCAGGGUGUCAGAGGCUCCAUGGCCACACCGCAGCAGCUGCAGCAAGCAUACAAGGAUGGAUAUCACCAAUGUGAUGCAGGUUGGCUUCUGGACCAGACUGUGAGGUAUUCUAUUGUGUUUCCUCAAGAAAAAUGUGCUGGAGGUCUUGGAGAUCAACCUGGAGUUUGGACGUAUGGCCUCAGACCAGCAGAGGAGAGAUACGAUGUUUACUGCUACACCGAGGGCAUCAAUGGAGAGGUUUUUCAUGUGGGAUCUGCUGAGGGUUUCACCUACGACGAGGCUGCUUCUGCCUGUGAAAACCACAGUGCGGUUCUGGCCUCCACUGGAGAGCUCUAUGCAGCCUGGAAACUGGGCUUGGACAAGUGCCGAGCAGGCUGGCUACUGGACCGCAGCGUUCGCUAUCCCGUCAACAACCCCCGUCCUGGGUGUGGAGGAGAGAAAUCAGGGGUGCACACUUUGUACUCUCCUCCAAACCAAACACACUACCCUGAACCUGAUGCCAGAUUUGAUGCAUACUGUACAAGAGUUGGCUUUCUGUCUGAAUCAAAUGAAACUGAACUGAACAUCACAGACAUCCAGAAGGCCCUACCUAACCAGACAUCGGAUACUGACUUAUUAAGGCCUGAUGGUUUCUUCGUCGUUCCUCCCAUUCCUGUGGAGAUUUCAAGUUCUGGCUCUGGUUCAGGAGACUUUGAUUCAGGCUCUGCAGGAGAUAACGCUGGAGUACAAGUUAACACUGGACACCAGGUGACCUCUGGAGGUCAGUCUGGAUCUGGACAUCAGUCUGGAUCUGGAGAUCAGUCUGGAUCUGGACAUCAGUCUGGAUCUGGAUAUCAGUCUGGAUCUGGAGAUCAGUCUGGAUCUGAAGACUGUAUCACCUAUGGAGGUCAGUCUGGUUCUGGAGACCAGGUUACUUCUGGAGAUAUAUCUGGUUCUGGAAGCAAAAUCACCUUUGGAGACCAAGACGGGUAUACAGAGACGGUGCUGUCCAGUGAAGGAUCCGGUUUGGACCAUGCAUCUGGUUCGGGGUCAGGACUCGGAGUUGUUUUCUCUGGACCCAGCAUUGCAGCAGUAGAGGGCUCAAUGUCAGGAGAACCUCAAGAGGCUGGAGAAGGAAGCACAUACGUUCUUAUAUUCCCUUUGUCUGCAGCUGAUUCUGUGGAACUCAGUGGAAGUGGAGAUAUGUCCAGGUCUGGAUCUGGAUUUGACUCCAUUGAAAAGAAUGCUGGACAUCUCACUGGCACGGGUCCUAUCUUUGUCCAGGAGGUGUCAGGUUUUAGUGGUUUUCUAUCUGGAUCUUCAUCUGGAAGUGGACGAUCUGGAGACAUUUCUGGAAGUGGAGAUGCUCCGAUCUUGAUAACAGAUGACGAAGUGAUUGAUGCAAAGAAAGAGUACAACCUUGAUGGAGGUUCAUUAGAUUUCAGUGGUUCUGGAAACUUUUAUGGAUCUGGGAUUUCCAGUGGGUCAACCUCUGGAAGUGACUCUGAGUCUCUUACUGGUGUGACUUUUACUGGUUCAGGCUUCACUAAGCUUAUUGGGUCACCUUCUGGAGAACACGAGGAAGCUACUGGGGGUUUAUUCUACAGCUCUGGACCAGAAAGUGGGGGGCAGAUAUCUGGAUUUAGAAUCUCAAGUUGCAGUUUUGAUUCUAGAGCUGGAGUAUCUGGAUCUGGUGUCUCUAAAUCUGAAACAUCAACAACCAAAGGCGAGGAAGAGGGCAGUGCUAUAUUUUUCACUCAAGGUCUAAUGACAGAAAUACCUGGAGAUGAUAAGGUCCCUCUGGAGCCGGGAGAAAACUCAGUGGAGUACAGUGGAGAAGAAAGUGGCAACAAUGGUUUCUACUCCAGUGAUGGAAACAAGGACUUAUCUGAGGAUCACACCUCCAUGUCGGGGGUUUCUUCUUCUGGAGAUUUUUCUGAUCCACUGGUGGUGGUCCUACCCGCUCCAUCAGUUAACCCAGCACUAACAGAACCCACCAUAAGAACAGAGCAAGAUAUUCAUGGAACUGAACUGACACACAACUCCAGAGUUUAUGUUUCUCCAGGACCAGCAGUUAUCCCGGCAGGAUUAGCAGCUCCUUCUGCAGAAGUCAAACCUGCUGUUGUACAAACACCAGCUGUCCUAGAAGCUUCCAACCCAUGUGAACCAAAUCCUUGUGGCAAUGCUUCAUGCACAGUAGAGGAAGGAGUUGCUUUCUGCUUUGAGGCAGAAGUGUGCCACCCCAACCCUUGUUCCAACGGAGCCACCUGUGUGGAGAGUGCAGACUCUUUCAAAUGCUUAUGCCUGCCCAGCUACGGAGGGGAACGCUGUGAGAUCGAGGAGCAGCGAUGUGAAGACGGCUGGACGAAGUUUCAGGGAAACUGCUACCUGCACGUCUCUGACAGGGCGGAGUGGCUGGAGGCGGAGCAACGCUGUCGGCACCUGAACGCUCACCUGGUCAGCAUCAUCACGCCAGAGGAGCAGCAGUUUGUCAGCGCUAAUGCACAGGACUACCAGUGGAUCGGCCUGAACGACAAGACGGUGCAGAGCGAUUUCCAGUGGACGGACGGAUCUCCACUGCAAUAUGAGAACUGGAAGCUGAACCAGCCAGAUAAUUACCUGAACUCAGCAGAGGACUGCGUGGUUUUGAUCUGGCAUGAGAACGGAAAGUGGAACGACGUUCCCUGCGACUACCACCUGCCGUUUACCUGCAAGAAAGGACCCGUGUUUUGCGGCGCUCCGCCUGUGGUGAAAAACACACGCAUGUUUGGAAACCGGAAGUCGGAGUAUCCCGUCAACUCCAUCAUUCGUUAUCAGUGCAACCCAGGAUUUAGACAGCGCCAUCUACCUGUGGUCCGGUGCCAAGCGGACGGGACCUGGGAGAAACCCAAAGUGGAGUGCACAGAUGUAAAAGCCAGGAACAGAAUAAAACACAGGAGCAGCAGGAAUUCACCAGUGAGCGGAAAAAACAAAUAAAAUUAAUUAAAGUUUUUAAAAGCGAGAAAAAUCUCUUCACAUAAUUUUAUAAUAUAAAUUAAAAUGCUUGAAUUCUCAUUCGUUGGGUGCUACUUUAUGGUAGGACUUAUUUAAAACCCUUAUUCUUCUCACUAAUAUAUUUAAUGUCUUUAAUUGUUUUUAUUUUACAUAAAUGAAGUAUAAUUGUUGCUGUUAUUCUUUAUUUUCCUUCAAAACUUUCAUAGAGAUGAAGAAUAAGGAAACUUAAGAAAUGAAAGGUUUGGUUUGGAUUUUUUAAGUGCUUCUGCGAUGUUUCUUCAUGGUGGAAAUUGGGGCCUGAGAUUUGCACACCUAGCAUGCAAACGAUAGCGCUAAACACAAAUUUAAUAACCAACUGAGAACAAAAAACAGAUGAGGCAUAUUUUUUUAACUUUAUCUAACCUUUGUCCUUCUUUUCGGGCAGAACUGAGAGCCAGAUUAGCCUUGGCUGCCGUUUGUGAAGUUACACAACUGAAAAGUGGAGGCAACGAUUUGUGUUAUUUAGCCGAUUAAAGGUGGUUUAUUAUUCAAUAUCAUAUUUUCACCAUGAUAUUUAUUAAUUUAUAAAUGUCACAGUUUCAAAGUAGAUAUUUAGCUAGCAAACUGAACAGUUAGCAUGGUACAUUUAGCUUGAAUCUAAAUAUUUACUUAGCAAGUGGAAUUUUUAGCUUCAAACUAAAUAUUCAGUUUCAAACUAAAUAGUUUGUGAACAAUUUAGUUUGAAGCCAAAUUUUUUGUUUAAUGCAAAUAUAUUUUGGCAAACUAUUUUGAAUCUAACUAUUUAGUUAUCAAGCUAAAUGUUAAGCUUCAAACUAAACAUUUGGUACACUAAUUUAAAUAUUUAGCAUUAAGGUCAAUUGCUAACAAACUAUUUAAGUUAAUUAUUUACUUUGCAAGCUAAAUAUCUAGCUCCAAACUAAAGAUUUAACAAAAAGUCCAGCUUCAAACUUGAUAGCUUGCUAACAAUUUAGUUUGAAGCUAAAU